AUGACAGACUUCGUCACGCUCGAGUCGGCGGACGGGUACAGCUUCGUGGUGCCGCGCAAUGUCGCGCUCGCGAGUCCGACGCUCAAGGCUAUGUUGGACGAGGAUGCCGCGUUCCAGGAGGCUGCGAGCCGCACCGCGAAGCUGCAGUAUCGCGGUAUCAUCAUCCUCAAGGUCAUCGAGUACCUUGCGUUCAAAGUCCAGUAUGCCGACUUUGCAUCGACCGACAUCCGCGAGGACUUCCAGAGCAAGAUCGACCCAUACAUUGCCCUCGAGCUCCUCACAGCCGCCGACUACCUCGACAUCUGA